UAUUCAAUCCUCUGCUUGUUGGAUUCAGAUUGAUCGAGAAAUAUCUUUAAGCGCAAAGCGCACGUCAUUGCACUGCCACCACAUGGCUGCCAAAGUUGUGGCUUUCCGAUUGCUCGGCCAGAGGGUUGCCUCUUUCUUGAGCCUGCGGUCGGCGGAGGGGCAGCCAAAAUCGCUUCUUCAAAGAUCACUCUUGCUCGAAGGAGCUUACCGAUGGAUGUUCUGCACUUUGAGAGAACGAGAAGCAAGCUCAAUGGCCAAGAUGGUUCAUCGCGUGCCUCACACAGGACAAGGGGUGAACACGUCUUGAAGAAAAUAGCUUUGGUUGCAAGACGGAAGCCGAGUGCCGAAGAUGACUUUGUAUAGG